ACAGAAUGCGGCGCCGACGACUUCCGCUGCAGCGACAACAGAUGCAUUGAAUCCAGUCGACGAUGCGACAGCGUAUACGAUUGCCCCGACCAAGAAGACGAACGUGGAUGCGAUUGCCGAGCCGAUGAGUUCCGUUGUGAAAGCGACGGAUACUGCAUCGAAAAGCGAAAACAAUGCGACAACGUGAACCACUGCGCUGACGGGUCCGACGAACAAGACUGUGCCAACGGGUACUUUAGAUGCAGAAGUGGCAAGAUCAUAGCCGAGUCUCUAAGGUGCAAUCGUCAAUAUGAUUGCACGCCUGGAGAUUUUUCCGAUGAACAAAAUUGUCCAUGUGGUGCGAACGACUUCAAAUGCAAUAAUGGUCACUGCAUUCCAGCAUCCAAACGUUGUGACAGAACGCAUGAUUGUCAGGACGGUUCUGAUGAACGUGAUUGCACUUAUGGCACAGUUUGCAUGGCUUAUGAAUAUAAAUGCUCGAGCGGAGCGUGCGUGCAAGCCGACUCAAGAUGCAACGGAUCGGCGGAAUGCGACGACAGCAGCGACGAAACUAACUGCCCUUGCAAAAGGGACCAGUACCCGUGUCGGGACGGUUCUUGUAUAAAUAUAGCCUAUCUUUGUAAUGGUCGGGCCGAUUGCAGUCAAGGUGAAGACGAGUACAACUGCCGCUCGUCCUGCCCGCCCGGACGGUUCACCUGUAACUUUGGCUCGCAAAUCGCAUGCGCCGAAAAAUGUAACGGAGUUUCUGAAUGCGACGACGGCGAAGACGAGGACGACUGCGGAGCGUGUCCCCACAAAUGCGACGGGACGUGUAUAUCGACCAGUCAGAUUUGCGACCGAAUCGAAGACUGUUCAGACGGCUCCGACGAGAACGAAUGCAAUUUUUGUGACAGGCCAGAUGACUUCAGAUGUGAGUCCGGGGAGUGUCUGUCCUAUUCGCUGGUCUGCAACGGCAUCUCGGAAUGUUCAGACUCCAGCGACGAACAGUUCUGUAACCGAACGAUGACCACUAACCCCGAACAACCCUGCUCGUAUCAGCAGUUCCAGUGCGUGUCAGAUGGCGUCUGCAUUGACCAAAACUUCUUCUGCGACGGCACGAGGGACUGCAAUGAUGGUUCCGACGAAGCCAACUGCCCGUGCCCGCGGGACAGCUGGCAGUGCCGCAACGGCGAGUGCUUGCCCACCUCGAGGUACUGCGACGGCGUGGAGGACUGCCAGGACGGCUCCGACGAGAGCGACUGCCCCGUGGCGACCACGCGCGCGCCCAGCCGCUACCCCACCACGCUGGCACCCGCCUUUGUCAGGCCUUCUGGUGGAUGCAGUGGGAAUCAGUGGCGUUGCGAAAACGGUCCGUGCAUUGACGCGUUCCGGCGAUGCGACGGCCAUAUUGACUGUCCCUUCGACUACAGUGACGAAUUCGAUUGUCCCCUCAACAGUCCUGUCGCUUUAAACCUGAAGACCUACCCUGAGAAACAAACCGUCCGACACGUGACAGCUGGUGGAGACGUGGUAUUCCAAUGUCGUGACGAGGGACCUCUGCGUGCGGCUGUCCGCUGGCAGAAGGAAGGAGGCCGCAUCAAGCCUGGCUCCACUGACGUCAAGGGACGCCUCGAAAUGUUCAAAGUUACCGGAUCUGACAGUGGAGUGUACGUUUGUCAGGCUGAGGAUUACCAAAACUACGCUGGGUCUCAAGUCCGCGUCAGCCUCGACGUGGACAACGCACCGGUAACAUUCAAGCCCCCAUUCUCAGCCUGUCAGCCCUACGAAGCCACUUGUGGUAAUGGACAGUGUAUCCCUAAGUCUGCUGUCUGUGACAACAACUAUGAUUGCAGCGACCGCUCCGACGAAGAGAACUGCCACCACGACGGCAUGUGCGAGCCUAACCAGUACAAAUGUAACAACCGCAAGUGUGUGCUCAAGACUUGGAUCUGUGACUCCGAGGAUGACUGCGGCGAUGGUUCCGACGAACAGAACUGCGGCCCCAAACAGGAAGGCCGGUGCUCUCCGGUGGAGUACGCGUGCCGCUCCCAGGACCAGUGCAUCCCGAGGAGCUUCCACUGCGACGGCCAGACCGACUGCCUCGACGGCACUGACGAAAUUGGAUGCAUCCCCGUACAUGUGACGAGCCCACCGAAACCUAGCAACGUAAAGCUGAACCCCGGCGACACUCUGACACUGAAGUGCGAGGCUGUUGGCGUGCCGGUGCCUUUGAUUUCUUGGCGUUUGAACUGGGGCCAUGUGCCGCCCAAGUGCACCUGGACCAGCGAUGGCGGCAUCGGCGUCAUUACUUGCCCGAACAUGCAGUCCGAAGACAGCGGUGCGUACUCCUGUGAAGCCAUCAACAACAAAGGCACAACCUUCGCGGCCCCGGACGCCAUCGUGUUCGUCAACAAGACCGACCCCUGCCCCAGAGGCUACUUCAACAAUGAGGCCCGUUCGGAGAGCGAAUGUAUCCGCUGCUUUUGCUUCGGCAAGUCCAGCCAGUGCCGCAGCGCAGACUUGUUCACGUACAACAUGCCGACUCCGCUGGGCGAGGGCGGCACCAGGCUGCUCGGCAUCAAAAAGUCACCCACGGGUGACGUUAUCAUUGAUACUCAACCCAUUUCUAACCAGUAUUACUACCAGCCAUUGAGGAACGGUGCUACAGUGACCAAGUUUGGCGACGCGUCCUCUCGAUCGACCUCGAAUCCCUACUUGACGCUGCCAGAGUCAUACAACGGUAACCAGUUGAAGUCUUACGGAGGACACAUCAAGUACACUCUGUCGCCACAGACUCAGAUCUACAGAUAUGAUAACAGUGCGCCGACUAUUAUUAUAAAGGGUAAGUAUGGCAACCUGUUCCACUUCAACCGCGUGGGUGGCGCACGGGACAUCAAUAUUGAAGCUCGUUUGACUCCAGAAGACUGGCAGAAGGGCAGCCCCAGUGGCUUUGCCCCGGCUUCUAGGGAAGACAUCAUGAUGACCUUGGACGAAAUUGAAAUGAUUCUCGUUCGCGCUGACUUGAACAACGCCGGUGUUAACAUUACUGACUUCGCCAUGGAGUCGGCGGAGCACAUCAACGUUGGCCUCGGAGCGGCCAGCCUCGUCGAGGAGUGCACUUGUCCUAAGGAGUACGAAGGGUUAUCUUGCCAGAAAUGUGCAAACGGCUUCGUACGCAAGAAGGUCGGACCAUGGCUCGGCGACUGCGUCCGUGAAGAAUGUCCUCCGGGCACAUACGGCGACCCAUCCAGCGGCAUACCUUGCAAGCAGUGUCCUUGUCCUCUUACCAACCGCGAAAACCAAUUCGCUAGGACAUGUUCCCUGGGAUCUGACGGUUCUGUCAUAUGUGACUGCUUCCCUGGUUACGAAGGCAUCCACUGCGAAGCUUGCGCUCCCGGCUACGAAGGCAACCCUUUGAUCCCGGGAGACUCCUGCCGACGCAAGGUCCCCGACAACUGCAACCCUACUGGAACCAAAAUGAUCCGCCCACCGGACGAGUGCGUCUGCAAGGACAACGUACAGGGUCGCUACUGCGACCAGUGCAAGAAUGACUCAUUCUAUUUGUCCUCGGACUUCAGACACGGCUGUGCGCUCUGCUUCUGUUCGGGAGUGUCCCAACAGUGUAAGAGCAGCAACCUUCGCCGCAAGACAGUUAGUGUGCAGUUCAACGUUCCUCAAAUCGUAGACCAAGUGAAGAUCUACAACAGUUCGCCGGCUGGGCCACCCGGAGCCGUCAGAUACACAGCCCCCGUCGAGACUAACCUCGCGCCGCAGCUGAGCCGAGGAGAUAUCUCCGUCAACGACAUCGAUCAUACCCGGUCCACUGUUUACUACUGGAGUUUGCCUGCAAGCUUUGCUGGUGACAAGGUGACGUCGUAUGGAGGCUACUUGCGCUACACGCUUAAGAACGUUCCGAGCUCGCCCGACCCUAGAUACAGGAACACUGCCGCUGACGUCCAACUCAUCAGCGACAACCGUCUUACAUUCCAUUAUUUCGGAGACUUUGCUGCAACUCACGAGGGUAACUUGAACACCAGUGUCCAGUUCCUGGAGAAGGGCUGGCAGAGACCUGACGGGAAAGAAGUAUCUCGCGAGCACUUCCUCCUGGCCCUGGCUGACGUCAAAACCAUCUUAAUCAAAGCCACGUACUCGCCGAACGCUCAGCUGGCGUCGCCGGUAAGCGCCAGCAUCGAGGUAGCUGAGGCUGACGGGUACGGUGCCACCGCCUUCCACGUCGAGCAGUGUGUUUGCCCGCCCGGCUACAUUGGUACUUCCUGCGAAGACUGUGCUCCUGGUUUCACGAGGAGUUCGAGCGGUCUAUACUUGGAGCACUGUGGUGCUUGUGAAUGUAAUGGGAAAUCCACAAUGUGCAACCCUGAGACUGGCGUUUGUUACGACUGUGCUGACAAUACUGAGGGCGAGCAAUGCGAACUCUGCAAGCCUGGCUACGACCGUGACCCGUACGGCAACUGCGUUGAACAAAGAUCUAGUACCAGCCAACCGUGCCGUUGCGACCCGCGCGGCACGACAAGACCUUGUGACGAAACCGGACAAUGCUACUGCAAACAAAAUGUGGAGGGAGACUCGUGCGACCGCUGCCGGCCCGGCUCGUACGGCCUGGACGCCGCCAACCCGGACGGCUGCCUCUCCUGCUACUGCUCCGGAGUCACUACCGACUGCCACGAGGGCAACCAUUACACAAGGGUGCCAAUGGCAGCUCCGGUCUUAGGCGAGUACUACGGCGGCUUCGCGAUCACCGACCUGAACGCGGAGAGGGUCAUCAAAGAUAACUUCGUCCCGAUGUUCCAACAAAGCGAACUAGUGUAUACCUUCUCGUUCCGGCCUGAUGUCGAACUGUACUGGUCCUUGCCCAUCUUCCCAGGAAACCGAGUAUUGUCGUAUGGCGGUACUUUGUCACUGAGACAGAAGUUCAACUCGGAUGUGUACUCGCAGUCCGAACGCGGCACAGACGUAGUCCUCGACGGCGGCGACAUCUCUAUAUUCUGGACCAACCCGAACUCUUUCUCAUCUGGUGUUUCAUACAGUUACCAAGUACCUCUCAAGGAGGAAGGCUGGUACAUCCUGAACACGGUGACGCCGGCGACGCGAAGCGACUUCAUGAGUGUGCUGAGGAACUUGAAGAGAGUCUUAGUGAGAGCCACUGUUGCUCCCAACUUGUACGACACCACCAUUGCCGACGUUUCUAUGGAUACUGCUACUCAGAAUUAUGAUGCCAUACUCCCGGCUGCUAAGGGCAUUGAGAUCUGCAUGUGCCCCCCUGGCUACACAGGAACCAGUUGUGAAUCCUGCGCCUCCGGCUAUUACAAGGACCAAUUAGGUUACUGCCAACAAUGCUCCUGCAAUGGCCAUGACUGCCAACUGGAUAGCCGCGGCCGUGUUGUUUGCAACUGCCAACCCCCCUAUACUGGAAACGACUGUUCUACGAUUGGCUUAGUUAUGGAACUUCACCCAACAAUCCACGAAGCCGGUGACGACGCAUUAUUGCGAAGAGUCACGUUAACGUGCAAGUAUCGGGCGCCAGAGCCUCUGACCAUAAAGUUUUACCACGACGGUGAAGAGCAAGCGCCGGCGAAGUAUUAUAACGACUCGCGGCUGCACAAAGAUGGCUGGCACGGCGUCCACAAGUGGCACACGGUGUGGGACACCAGGCGCCAGGGAGACAUUUACGAAUGCCACACGAUAACCGAGAAGGGCUUCACUCUCGGUGUUCUGACCACCAGUCUGCCGGAGCCAGGAGGAGAAUCCCAGACCGAGGCCCCUCCACGGCCGCAACCGCCAGACUCCACCGUGUCGGUCAGUAUCACCAGCCCCACCAUCAAGAUCCAGGAAGUCGGCAGCAGCGUCAACUUUACGUGCCAAGCCUUGAGCCGCAACUCCAGGAUCCGCUUGCCAGUGAGGUGGUCGAAGAGCGGUGGCGACUUGCCUCUCGAAAGGACCCACGUCGAUCAGAACUUUGGUCUUCUAUUGAUCACUAACCUACAAGUAUCGGACAGCGGCAAGUACAUCUGUGAGACCAGUGACGGGAUCAACACCGCUCAAGCAUACGCAACGCUUAAAGUCCCAGGUAACCAAAUGACAUUGCCGAGCGUAGAGAUCUCGCCAUCGGUGAAGGAAUACUACGAAGGUGAUAGAAUUGAGUUGGAGUGCCGCGUCCGAGGUAACCCGACGCCGACCAUCAGGUGGCAGAGGGCUUCCAACAGGCCUUUGGCUUUGAAUGUAGAGAAUAUCGAUACCUUCUUCAUAAUCGAAAGUGCUCGCAUCGAAGACUCAGGCGAAUACCGUUGUAUCGCGUCUAAUGCGGUUGGUUCGGAUGACCGUACCGCGGUAAUCACGGUUCGUCAAAAACCGUCUUUCCAGCCUCGUGGCAGACUUACUGUGUCUGUUCCCUCGCCGACUGUCAAUGAAGGCCAGAGCAUUCGAGUUGCUUGCACUGGCACCACCAACAUCCCAGCUGGAUCAAUUGACUGGGUCAGGCAAGAUAAUGCGAUUUUCCUGCCAAAUGUGCGCUCUGAAAAUGGUGUUCUUUACAUUGACUACGCACAACUCGACAACCAAGGUGUUUACAUCUGCCAAGCGCCUGUAACCGAUGUCUCACCUGUUCCCGUAUUGGUGACCGUUAUUGCCCAAUAUCCGGAUGUAGAACAAUCUAACAUCACUGUGUCGGUCGACCGCCUGAAGAUACCGACUGGUGGCAGAGGAACGGUUGAUUGCAACCCCGUGGGUCGCCCCACCCCAUUGAUCAAGUGGAGCAAGCACGAUGGUUCGUUCGGCCCCGACUCGAGCCAGCGAGGUAACACACUGAUCAUCAACAACGCUCAAGAGAGUGAUCAGGGCUACUACCUCUGCGAAGGCUCCGUCGAUAACACGCCAAUUGCAGAUAUCUACGUGUACGUUGAAAUUGAAAGACGAGAGCCGCCGCAGGUCGACAUUUGGCCGCAAGGAGUGCAGUCCGUGGAUCUGGGGAGCCAGUACGAGCUCAUGUGCCGCGUGCUCGGCGGCGUGCCCGAGCCCGACGUCACGUGGAACAGGAAUGGAGGGCGGCCGCUCUCGACCUUCACGCAGAUACAACCGCAGAACGUUCUGAAGUUCACUAAGAUCGAAGUGAACGACGAAGGUGAGUACACGUGUACGGCGCGCAACGACGCCGGCUCGGCGAGCGCGAGCUCCGUCAUCAAGGUGCAGUCCACUCCCGUCAUCACCAUCACCCCCGACAACUACGUGCAGGUGUACACCGGCGACGCCAUCAACGUCGAGUGCAGGGCCAACGGAUACCCUGAACCCAUGGUCUCUAUUGGAACAAACGAGUUGGGUGAAGUGGUGCCGCCGUCGAGCGGGUUCGCGGCACUGCGCGUGGCGGCGGCCAGCGCGCGCGACGCCGGCAACUACAUGUGCACCGCCACCUCCGUGGCCGGCACCAUCACGCAGCCCUUCAUCGUGGUCGUCAACAGGGGAGACGGCGGCGACGACGGCGGCUUCGAUUACGGAAGCGGCGAUGGUAGCAUCGAUCCUAAUUCACCCAUUGAUCCUCCAUACGAUGGUACUCCAAGCAUCUUCGCCAUUGAAGGGCAACCUGAAACGAUUAUCGAAUGCCGUCAAUCUGGAGACAAUAUAAGGUGGGCGAGGGCUGACCGGCAGCCACUACAGCGAAACGCCUACCAGGACAACUCCCGACUUAUCAUCUUGAACGUGUCGAAGAGUGACUCAGGGCAGUACGUGUGCAACAUUUACAACGAGUACAACGAAGUGCAAGAGGCAGUGUACACCAGCCUGGUGGUGAUCACGGCGCCCAAGAUCACGCUGCGGCCACCCACACAGACGGUUCGGCCGGGCCAGUCGCCCACCGUGGAGUGCGUCGUGCAGGGCGACGACAUCAUCGACAUCACCUGGAGGCCCUACAACAGGGAGCCGUCUAGUCGCGUGGACACCCGCUCGUCAACUUUGAUUUUCCACCAAAUCGAAGUGGAGGAUGCCGGGCAAUACCAGUGCAUCGCCCGCAGCCGGUACGCCAACGCCAGCGCCAUCGCGGAAGUCGUCGUUAGCGAGGACACGGACGAUUCGACAUCGGUCUCUCACGAUAACGAGCAGCGCGCGCACUCGGGCGAGGCCGUGCACCUGCGCUGCGAGGUGAAGCGCGCGCGUGCCGCCCGCAUCGCCUGGACCAAGGACGGGCGCGCGCUGCCGCGCAACGUGCGCCAGAAGCACGACGGCUCGCUCUACAUCAGGAACGCCAAAAAGAUCGACUCCGGGAAAUACGUGUGCACUAUACACGACCAAUACGGAAGACCUAUUACUACCAAUUACAUCAACCUCCACAUUAAGGGUUAUAAGUGCUCGGAUACGCAGUUCCGUUGUUAUGACGACAGUGAUUGUAUAGAGGAACACUUAGUAUGCGACGGACGCAGGCACUGCGCGGACAAUAGCGAUGAAGAAGACUGCCUGUUGCGAGACAAACGCUUUUCGGACGCCAUGUGGAGCCAGCACCCGGCCAUCAGUCCCGACGGCCCACGCGAACCGAACCCGGAAUCUCAACGCCUGGUGGUAAUUGAUCAGCCGCGACGACCGUUCAGAGCCGGCGACAACGUAGACGUGCGCUGCAAGGCGCUGUCCGGCGACAUCAAGCUGCAGUGGCUGCGGCCCGGCACCAAGCAGUACGUCGCAUCACUGACAUACGGAGACGGCGUCAUGAUGUCUCUGCAAGGCGUGGCGUUCGCCGACGCUGGCGUGUACCGCUGCAUCGGCAGAGACUCGCUAGGUCGCACUUACUACGAUGACUUUAAUCUUGAGGUUCUGCCAGGUAUAAAAAAAUAUUCGAUCAGGUUAACUUAAUUACCAUAAAUGUGAAACA